AAUACCAGAAGGAAAUCUGUUUAAACUAAACUAAAGAUUAAAAUUGCAGAAAAUUGACAGUUUCAGCAUCUUUCUUCUUUAAAUCAGCAUGCCAUGAAUCUAGAUGAAUGAAUAGGACUUUCCGAACUUCUUUUGUAUGUAAGAGAGCUAUGUAACAUGGAAACAUGAAGGCUGAAACAGAAAAAUACCGAAAUAGUAAACAGUCGAAAUGAUAUUUUUCGAAAUGAAAUAGUAAACAGUCGAAAUAGAGUUUCAAAGUUUUAAAAGCGUUUCCGGCAGUGAAAAAACAUAGGAUUUGAGAAGUUUAGAGCGACACAAUCUCUGUAGUUUUAUAAUGCGUAUGUUGCUGUCAGCAAGUAUAUCUAUUCACAAUUUCACAUCCAUAAUCUAGCAGCUAUGACCUUAACCAUUCACCUGUCCUGUUCAAUCAAAAUGUUUAAAUCACCAGAAACUCCAUUACAUUAAAAACACAAAAAAUGACAAACAGUCUAAAGUAUAGCAUAUUGUAUUAAGAUACCAAUACCAAAAUCAUACCAUCUUUCUUUACCUUAUCUGCUGUUCUUAUUUGGAAAGAAAUCCAGCAAAAUAUCAUCAUAUAUCAUCAACUCAUCCUCACCAUCUUACACUAAUCUCAAUAAAUUCCACAAAUAUGAGUACUCUUUUCAUCAUUAUAAUCUUCCUGAUUCCCAUUUUCCUUCUUAAAAUCAAACAAAACUCAUCAAAGAAACUUCCACCAGGCUCACUAGGAUUUCCCAUAAUUGGCCAAAGCCUCAGCCUUCUACAGAACAUGAGAGCUAACACUGCUGAAAAAUGGCUUGACAACAGAAUCAAGAAAUACGGUCCAAUUUCAAAACUAAGUCUGUUUGGAAAACCAACUGUUUUUAUAUAUGGUCAAGCUGCAAAUAAAUUUAUAUUUAGCAGUGAUAGUAAUACUUUAGCUAAUAAUCAGACGCAGUCUGUGAAGAUGCUUUUAGGUGAUCGGUGCUUGUUGGAACUGAGCGGUGAAGAUCAUAAGCGUGUGAGAAAUGCUUUGAUGUCGUUCUUGAAGCCGGAAUCUCUGAAGGAAUAUGUAGGUAAAAUGGAUGAAGAAGUUAGAUUGCAUAUUCAGAACUUUUGGGAAGGAAAGCAAGAGGUUAAGGUAUUACCGUUGAUGAAGACACUAACAUUCAACAUAAUAUGUUCUCUUCUCUUCGGAAUCGAACGAGGAGCUCGAAGAGACGAAUUCGUUGACAGGUUCCAAGAUAUGAUAUUAGGGAUGUGGUCAAUCCCAAUAAAUCUUCCUUUCACUCGCUUCAACCGUAGCAUAAAGGCCAGCACAAGAAUUCAAAACAUGUUAAAGGAUCUCAUAAGCGAAAAGAGAAUGGAAAUUGAGAAAAAGUGUGGUAAUACUCGUCAGGAUCUCAUUACUUGCAUGCUAAGCAACUGCAAUCAGAAUAAUGGCGGUGGUGCUGGUGAAAUAAGUGAGAAGGAGAUUGUGGAUAAUGUUAUGCUUGUUAUGACGGCAGGACAUGACACUUCAUCUGUGCUGCUUACUUUUCUUAUGAAGCUUUUAGCUAAUGAUCCUUCUGUUUAUGAGUCUCUUCUUCAAGAACAGGAAGAGAUAGCUAAAAGCAAGAAGAGUGGAGAGCUAUUGACAUGGGAAGAUCUUGCAAAGAUGAAAUACACAUGGAGAGUGGCAUUGGAGACCAUGAGACUAUACCCUCCAAUCUUUGGUGGUUUUAGGAAAGCUGUUAAAGAUAUAGAAUAUGAUGGAUACCUUAUACCAAAAGGGUGGCAAAUAUUCUGGGUGACCAGCAUGACCCAAAUGGACAAAGGCAUAUUUCAAGAACCCCGGAAGUUUGAUCCUACAAGAUUUGAGAACCCAUCUUCAAUUCCACCUUACUGCCAUGUUCCAUUCGGAGGAGGACCUCGGAUAUGUCCUGGCUAUGAGUUUGCCAGGAUUGAAACUCUUGUCACAAUCCAUUACCUUGUCACUCACUUCACAUGGAAGUUAAAUUCUGAUAAUUUCUUCAGUAGAGAUCCAAUGCCAGUUCCAACACAAGGAUUGCCCAUAACAAUUACACCCAAAAAACCAAUAACAAAAUGAUUCUAAUUACGUUAGCACAGAAACUUUUCGUUUUCUACCUUCCGUCAUUUCAUUUUCGAAAUUCUGAAACUUUAUAUUUAUAGCAUUCUGUUUCAUCGUUUCCU